UGGAGCUACUGAGCGAGUGAGGUGUUCUAAUUUUGUAGGUAUUGAUGAAAAGAAUUUCUUAUGUAUUGCGACAAAGUUUUCCAGUAAAACAAAUACGAAGAAAGCUUCGUUUACCCUCGUGUUAUUAAAGUAAUGAGUGAGCCAGGGAAAGUAUGGGGACGUGAUGUGUCACUAAAGACUGAGCGUCCGCUCACGAGCGUGCUUGUCGUUAAUUUAGUACUUCCACAUUGCCAUUGUGAUCUUAUUUGUCUGUUAAGGUUUUAAAACUUCAUUCUGUAUUGAAGUAAAUGGUAUGGAAGCUUAGUCCUAAAAAUUUAUUGUUGUUUUUGACCUUCCUUUUUUAUAAUUAUAGACUAUAGACAAUAUGAACAGUAUUCACAGCGUGUAUUCUUAUAAAGCUCUGUUCAGACCAUUGAAAUAUCUGCGCGUGUGUCUAGUUUUUUCUUGAACCUUUGAUCUUUUACGCAUGGUAAACCAAGAUUGUGAGUUAACAAAGUGUUUCCCCAUGGCGGAUUACUGAAGCAAAAAAUCCAUGUUAAUAUAUCGAUACAACAAGAACAUGCAGCUUGUGACUUUGUGAUCGUAGACCGAGAUAAGCCAGUUAGAAAGCCAUUAUAGUCCAGAUGUUUUCGUUCAUGCUUCGAAUGAUCGAUUCUGCGAAUUAGAUUUUCCACAGUCGGAUGUAUGUAUGACACACAACAACCAUAAAAGGAAGUAAACUCCAGAGUAGCUUCAACGAAGGUCAGUAAUACAGUAAGAUCAAAAUACGAUCGCAAUUGAAGCAGACUUAGCGAAUUUACGUGUUCGCUUAAGUUGACAGUCGAACACCACGAAGUUGAUGCUUUAAAAUUUUGCGGCUACAUUUGGUAAUUUUAAUUAGUUCUCUUGGGGUAUGAACUCCUAGUCGAUGAAGAAACUAAUUUUAGAGCAUACGUUUGGCUGUAGUCGGUGUUGUCUAUGUAGUAGCGUUAAUUGUUCAGUUAGGGUGCUAUUAAUAUUCAACGUCACUAUAAAGUUUAGACUUUCGACCAGUUACGUAAGUUUCUUGUAUCGAACAAUGUUAAAUAUUCUGUGUAGCAAUGUAACAGCAUCCUGUAUAUAUUCUAGAUUAGACGUUUAGUGUGGAUGUGUAGUUACUUCUCCAUGGGACGUUAUAUCUAACGAACAUAAGUGUACAAUUGCUCUGACAGUAGUCACUAUACAGGCUGCAGCACACUAAACGAAUCAUAGUAGAAUGCAUAGUUGAAGACUUUUUAAGCUGUUAGUAGUAACAGAUGACUUUGGAAGUUGUACAGUGUAAAAUAUAUGUACUUGUACAGUGUAAAAUAUAUGUACUUAUACCAAAGUGUGGAUGCUGAUUUUUGUCAUUUCGCAGUACGCGGUUUGAACAUCGGUAAUUGUUUUUACACUGAGUUUUCUGGUAUUUUCUUCGAACGUCUUGCUCUUUAGGCCCGGUCCUCUUUGCUCUCUCUGUGUAAGUGAAUAUUGACCGUCUUGUAAAAUGUGGUACCAGAGGAUUGUUUGACGAGAAAAAAGUGAGGCUCAUCCUGUAAUAUUAUCUUUUACCACGAUUAUUAUUAUACAUACAUUGCAUCUAUUCGCUAAAAAAAAAACUGAAUUGGAACUAAGAAGUCUCGGUUACUGUGUCCGCAACUAUUUACAUCAUAAUCUAUUCUUCUUGAGGUGAUGUUACUUUAACUAUUGUGUACACUGAAAAAAUAGAUAUUGUUCUUGCAUCAACUUUGAAACUUUGACUGCCCGUUACGAUUUCGAAGUUAUGGAAAUAUAAAAUGCAAGAUUGAUAUUAAAGCGGAUAAAGCUCCUCAAUGUUUCAUUAACUGGCACAUAAAGGUAAUCAAUAUAAUGACUACAGUCGACGAACUUCAUCUGGCCCUUCAGGAAAUCUGUGAAGAGCUGCAACAAAGGGACGCUAUGAUUGGUGAACUAGAAGCACAGCUACGCAGAAAAGAAGCCAUCAUACAGGAUUUGAAACAGGAAUUGGAGAAAUACCGUGUUAUGGUGAAACCUUUAACUCAACAAGUUAGCGAACGCAUCAGACUUGUCUGUGAGGCUGGACCCUCGAAUAAAGGUGUUUAUAACGGAGAAGAAAAUAACAUUGACAGGCUGAAUGGAAGAAGUGUGGUAGAUGAAAAGCAAACAAUAGACAGUACUCGAAGUAAACGUCUAGCGAUUUCUGCAGAACCAACAAAUGCAGACUAUAACGCUCCCUUGAAGAAAACCCCAAAAAACGCAUUAUCUAAAGAACUGAUCAAACAUGCUAUUCUGGAUAACGAUUUCAUGAAAAACCUAGAACCAGUACAGAUCAGAGAGAUUACAGACUGUAUGUAUCCUGUAGAGUAUGCUCAAGAUAGCCUCAUCAUCAAGGAGGGAGAAGUUGGAUCAGUUGUCUUUGUCAUGGAAGAGGGUAAAGUGGAAGUUACAAAAGAAGGAAAGUUCCUCUGUUCUUUAGGACCUGGGAAGGUUUUUGGUGAAUUAGCCAUUUUGUACAACUGUACACGAACUGCAACGGUUAAAGCUGUUAAUGACUGUAGGUUGUGGGCAAUAGAAAGGCAAUGUUUCCAGACUAUAAUGAUGAGGACAGGUUUAGUGAGACAAGCUGAGCACACAGACUUCUUAAAAAGUGUGCCAACUUUUAGGAAGUUAAAUGAAGAAACCCUCAUAAAGAUAGCUGAUGUGCUUGAAGAGACAACUUACAGCAAAGGGGAUUAUAUCAUAAGACAAGGAGCACAUGGAGAUACCUUCUUUAUUAUCAGCAAAGGAAAGGUACAAGUGACAAUAAAAGUCCCAGAGUUAGAAGAAGAAAAAUACAUUAGAACUUUAUACAGAGGAGACUUUUUUGGCGAGAAAGCUCUUCAGGGAGAAGAUGUUCGUACAGCUAAUAUCAUAGCAGAUGACUCUGAGGGUGUGGUAUGUCUAAUCAUAGACAGGGAGUCUUUUUUGCAACUUAUUAGUAAUAUUGAUGAAAUCAAACAAAAACGCUAUGAUGAAGAGGAGAUUAUUGAGCGCAAAAAACUGAAUGAAGAAUUUGUUCACUUGAAGUUGACAGAUCUUAAAGUUAUUGCUACUAUAGGGGUUGGAGGGUUUGGAAGGGUUGAGCUUGUAAAGGUGAAUGAUGACACUGCAAGGACAUAUGCUCUCAAGGUGAUGAAGAAAGCUCAGAUUGUAGAAACUCGUCAGCAGCAGCACAUCUUGUCUGAGAAGAUUAUAAUGGAAGAAGCCAACUGUGAUUUCAUUGUCAAGCUAUAUCGUACCUUUAAAGACUCUAAAUACCUGUACAUGUUAAUGGAGGUAUGUCUUGGAGGAGAAUUAUGGACAAUUCUCAGGGAUAAAGGAAACUUUGAUGACCUCACUACUAGGUUUUACACUGCAUGUGUUGUUGAAGCAUUUGAUUAUCUUCAUGCUCGACAUAUAAUAUACAGAGACCUCAAACCAGAAAAUAUGCUACUGGAUAUAAAGGGCUAUGUGAAAUUGGUGGACUUUGGCUUUGCCAAGAAACUACAAAUAGGCCAUAAAACAUGGACUUUUUGUGGAACCCCUGAAUAUGUAGCCCCUGAGGUCAUACUUAACCGGGGACAUGAUAUUUCAGCAGACUAUUGGUCAUUGGGUGUCCUGAUGUUUGAAUUAUUGACUGGCAUGCCUCCUUUUAACUGUGCAGAUCCUAUGAAAACUUACAAUGUAAUCUUGAAGGGAAUUGAUGCAAUUGACUUUCCUCGCACAAUAUCCAGGAAUGCUUUGGCUCUGAUCAAAAAGCUUUGCAGAGAUAACCCAGCUGAGAGGUUAGGCUAUCAAAAAGGUGGAAUCAGAGACAUUCAAAAACACAAAUGGUUUGAUGGCUUCAACUGGGAAGGGUUACGAAGCAGAACACUUACUCCACCAAUUAUACCUCAGGUAAAAGAUGCAUUAGACAUCAGUAACUUUGAUAACUACCCACCUGAUAUGGAAAGAUCUCCACCAGAUGACAACUCUGGAUGGGACUAUAACUUUUAAUCAUUAUAUCUUGAGUAAUGAAAGUUUACCUUUCUUGAGGACUGAUUAAAAGAAAAUGGUUUUAAAUGUUAGCAAACUGUCAUUAUAAGAAAAUUUUUCAAUAAAAAGUAACUCAUGGUAUUCAGAAAUGUACAUUUGAAAUUACAAAGAAACUAUUAGAACUACUGUAUUUGGUUUUUUUUUAUGUAUUUACUGUGAGAUGACCUACAUAUCAAAUGAUUUGGAAGAAAGAGAACUCUUCAUUAGUCUAAACUUCAAAAGUUCAGUUUUAUAUUAAAUUGUUAUAUAUAUAUGUUAGAACAGUUAAUAACUUAUUUUAUAAAAUGAGAAUAGCUCUGUAAUUGAAAAGCUUAAAAAAGUAUGGUUCAUAAAGCAAUCAAGGUGACGUGUUAACCAACCAGACACACCUGCAGGUGGUAUUUUGUGCCAUUCUUUCUUUGUAUUUGUAACCUAGAUUAGGUUUUAAGUAUUCUGUUGAAGAGUAGCCUUCUGUAUGUUUCGUUUUUGUAAAUUAGAAGAAGAAGGAAAUGGUCCAACAAAUGGUGACAAAUGUCCAACAUUGCUUUAGGCUUAUAUUUCAUCCUUAGACGUUCUUAGAACUUUUUCCAUUUGGACAUUGUCAUUGAUUUACUUAAUUUUAUGCAAAUUAGUAACAAAGUAUCACCUGGUUGUUUAAAAUAACCAUUAUAAGUGUCUGAUUAUGAAUUUUUAAAGAUAAAGUAUUAUAAACAUAUUAUCUCAUCUGUAAAUUAACUGAAACUAAUGAACUCCAUAUGAAUCAGUAUUACCAUAUUUCUUGAUAAGUAAAGGCUCAAAAUUGUACUCAAAGCUACAAAUUAAUAAUUAUUUUUUAUAUUUAAGUGUUGAAUAAAAGAUGUGCAGUUAUGAUGAAAUCAGUUCUCUUGUAUAAAGGCAUGAUUUCUACCUUAAUGUUAAUUACUGUAAACGCUUGGCCACUAAAGCAUAAAUUCAAAGUUAUGUAUCUGAGUGUUACAUAACAUUGCAUAAUAAUAUUUUCAGGUUGAUGUCUGAAUCAUGUUUUUACCUUAUAAUUCUUACAUACCAUAUUAUGCUUGAAAGAUAAAAAUAAUAUGACUUGACACCAGGUAGAAAUAUUUUUUUAUCUUUGUACUUCAGUAAGGCUUUUUCAAGGAAACACUUUAACUGUGUAAAUAAUCUUAAAACACAUUGUUUGUUAGUGUGUGUGUGUGUGUGUGUGUGUGUAGUCUUGUUUACAAAAUAGCUGUGAAAUGUUAUUCUGAACUUCCAAUUUAGAGGUAUCUUUUAAAAUAAAGUAUCCAUUAUUCCCUCAUUUGUAUGAUGAGCUUUCCUCCUCAACAUUGCAUAAUAUAUGUAUAUAAUGUUUGUAAACCAUAAUUUUUAGUUACUUCAUAGUGUCUAAAGCACAUGAUAAUUACCAAACACUGAAAGUUUAAGUUUUGUCCUUAGGGAAAUAUAUUUUAGUGUUUUCUUUACUUAAAUGGGAUUGUUAAAAGCAUCAUAGUACAAAGUUAUAUUAAAUUCGUUUUCUGAUAAAUGUAUUGAUAGGUUGAGGUGUUAUAA